GGAGUCUCAAGGAUACACAGAUUCCGGGAUCCGGGAUCCGUGCUCGGUGCUCGGAGUCGGGAGGACUGGCUGGAGAGCGCCACCUCUCGCGAGAGCAAGGCUCGGCCCCAGCGGAGCGGUGUCGACGGCAUGAAGCGGUGCGGACCGGUGGCGCUCGGCCGCUGGGCUCCCUUUGCCCGGGAGCCGGGCCGUGCCCUGGUGCUGUGCCCGGGCCUGGGGUAUUUAGAACGGGCGGCCCACCUACUUCAGGUGCAACGCGACUUCCCGGGGGCGCUGGCCGUCUGUGAGAGUGGACUGGAUUGGCUGGGCCCGGAGCAAGACCAGCCCGGCAGCUGCAGCACGGCCCGAGCUGCUGAUAUCAGGUGCUCCCUGUGUGCGAUGGGACUGCAGGCGCUGGCGGAGCAGCGCCAAUGGCGCCGGGCCUGGAGCUGGCUGCUGCAGCGAUAUGGCAGCCCCGAGCGGGUCCCCGCCUGGCUCCUCCAGAUGUGCAUCAUUCUCUACAGCAAGGCUGGGGAGCCAGGCCUUGUACAGCAGGCGGUCUGCAGCUGGCUGAGGGACAGAGCCAGUGCACGCACCCCAGGCAGCGUGGCUCUGGUGCUGGAGCUGUACAUCCUGCAUGUGCUGCUGCCGCUUGGCCUCUAUGCAGAGGCAGAGAAGGAGAUUACGGACACCACAAUGUUGACGGAGCAGCAGAAGGAAUUGGCACUGGAGCUCGUUUCGCAAAGGAGGUCCAAGGUGCAGGAGCAGGAGCCGGUGGAUGGCAGGAGCCAGGUUCCAGCAGAACGCAACAAGCAGAGGCACUCAGCACACUACACACCACGCCACACGUUCAAGUUCAUUAAGCAAGUGUUAGGGUUGUGUCGACGAAGUCUACGUUUGGUAUCUCUGCGCAAGCUGCUGCUGGCGGUGUUUGUAGCUUAUCUACUGAUGAUCAGGCUGGAUCCUGCUUCCCCAGCAAUCUUAUCCUGUUUAACCAGCCUCCGGCACUUCGUCAAGGCAACAUGGGACACUAUGUUUUCCCCUUACCACAAGGCAAGGAUUGAUGUGUGACAGUGGUUGCCCAUCUUCUGGUUGGUUAAGCUCCGUGGUGUAGCGCACAUGAGGAAGUCUAGCAGCCAGGGUUUCACUGCAGCUCCAGUGAAACUCAUCCUGAUCAGCAUUAUCGGAUCUGCAGUCCGUGGCCUCUGCACAGCAGAUACAAACUUCAACAUUCUCUGCUGUAAUCCCUUUAUGCAAUCCUCUGUAUUGAAGGGGUUAAAUACCUGUAGCUGGGUUGCUGUUAUUAUCAGGCCUCUACUGAUCAGUGUAUUGAGGAGGGAAGAGGUGAACAUGUGGGACCAAAGUCUUGUAAGUGGGGAGUGAACCCAAUCCCUUCGUUGCCUAGCCUGUUCCACUGGUCAAUUCCACUGCCCGCCAACUGUUCCUCUUGACCUCUGUAAUGUAUCCUUCCUUUCUUAUUUCUCACAACCUCGUCUAAAUAACUGGUGGCAUUGAGACCAGUAUUUGCUUAUAUUUCCGUAAUUUCUCUUCAAUGUCACUCCUGGUAAAUCCAAAACUCAAAAUUACCACUCUCUCUUUAGAAUUCAUGAAUGAACAAUUCUAUUGUUUAAAAACUCAUGGGGAGGUGUAAAAAUUCCUUCACUGGGCCCUGGACCAUCCUGGAAAGGACAUUCUUGGAAGCCUCAUGAAGUAUUAAAGAAUAAUAAAUUCGAGGGAUGGAAUAUAUUCUAAAAACUAUCACCUUUUGGGUAGGUUAAAUCCUAACCCUCAAGAUUUUCAUCCCUCUAUUUAUCUAAUCAUGGCUGGAGCAUUCAAUCCAGGGAUUGAUCCUAAGGUCAAGAUAUUUCUCAGUGUUACUUGGAUUAAUAAAUGAAAAUUCUCCAUUGAAAUUCCAAUUACAGGCGGCAUUAAAAAGGAAUGUAUUAUUUUUACAGUCCAUAUAUCAAAGUCAGCAGUCUUGUUGAGAUUAAGCUCAAGACAUGUCUUCUUACAGAAGUUCUCCUGGACCUUGAGGAUAUUGACCAUGUCCUUGUGAGAGCUGCUCACAAGGACAUCAGCAAAGGCUAAAGCUGUACAUGACAUAUUGUCAGCAGUGUUGUUGAGUAAAUGAAAUAUCUGGAGAGAGUUACUGGUAGAUACAAAGCAGCUUCUUUAUUCAACAAAACAAGGUACAGGACGCAUCAUAUGGAGACACAUUUGGUGGAAAGGUCUGUUGGCCCAACGUAGGGCUUGAUACUUAUUUGCUAAACACAAAGGCAAUUCCAUAUUUACAAAGUAUAGACAAUACUUUCUUUUGAAGCUACAUACAAACUUCACACCUUCUGAUUCGCAUCCAUCCCACAGACGCCAGCAGUGUCUGGACAGGGAUCCACAGCUUUUAGGAAUCCAUUGACCUAAACUGACUCCACAAUAUAGUAUCAAGGAACAGAAGACUGGUAGUCAAAGCCUUUUGCUAAAUGUAAAUGACUUAAACCCAAAAAUCACUCUUUAACAGUGGCCCUCCUGGACAAAAAUAAAUUUAUAUCAGGAAAGGCCAACCUAAGAGGAUCUACUUAAAUAGGGCAGCAAAAAUGCCCUGCCUUAAAAUAUACCCCCCCCCCCCAAUUUUGUGUGCUGAUAUCUACCCUAGCAUUCCUUAAUUGCUACCUACCAAAUUUUAAGCAGAGAAGUUGUUCCAGAAAUUUGAACAAGUCUUUAGAAAGGUGGCUUCCUUCGUGUGCCUGUCGGCUCGUUCCCUGCAGGCUGAUUGCAGCUUAAUCACAUUCCUUGUCUUCACCAAUUCAUUCUCUGGUCGCUGAACUUUCUUUCCAGGAGCACCCACAGGCCCUUCCAUCGAUUUACAGGAAGGGGUUGGGGUGGUCUCUAUGUCAUUGUCUGCAAGGACCUCUCCCUGGUGGCACACCCUUCCGAACUGUCCAGUCAAUCGCUGGCCCGACUACUGAAAGGGCCCAGCUCCUCAGACUGGGGUUGCUUCCUUCAGAUGCCGUGUGCAGUCUGAAAUGCCAUCGAAGUUGUGGAACUGGCUGUCUCAGCUUUAACUUUUAAAAAAAAUCGCUCCCCAUCUAUUUUCCAAGAUCUAUUCUAUGCUAUUUAAACUAAUCAUCUACCUUCAGCAACCAGCCUUCAUUACAGAGUACCAUCAUCAUCACACUUUAGCGUGCUGUUCACGGGUUUCCGUUAUGCUCUCUGUGUCUUCUGCCUUUGCAUUACCUCCUGGUAUGUUUUCAUAAGCUGUGGUCCGGCUAGUGUUCCUCUGUUAGGAUCCCUUUAAUUACAUGGUUAAUUAAUUACUCCUCAUACGCUCGAUAUUUACGUUCUGCAUAAUCCAUGGCAUCUCAGCAGCUUUUUGAAUCACUGCCAUUAUCGUUCUCCAGUUACUCUCACCUCCUCCCAGUCGCUGCCUCAUUUCCCCUUUAAAAAAGUGAUAUCUUUCUUCAUUGCUGGGGUUCCUGGUAGUUACCCAGGUACCAUCCGGCACCCCCUGGGCCAUCCUGUCCCACAUAUUCCUUGGGCACUUCGCCUUUACCAACACAUAGAUAUCUUUAGGGUGCAUCUGGUGAAUUUCAAUGGUUUCCUCAAACUUAUGCCAGAAUUCUGAAUUCCCACAUGCAACUUUAAGUGAGAGCAACUCUGACAAAAUGCCGUUUCUCCCUGGGGCAAAGGGCUUAUGAAUGAUCAUAAUCAUUGUCAAGGGCUGGCUCGGAUCAUCAGGGUUCUCAACCUGACAUUGCUUGGUCUCAAUAGGUGCCAUCCCGACAAAUAUAGCUGGGUAAAACCUCUCCCUGAAAUACCCCCAAACUACGCAAGGUAUAAAAGACGGGUACCGGUUAAACAGUACUUAAAACUGCAGAGUAUGUACUCUGCAAUCUGUCACUUUGGAGCACCUGAAUUCAUGAUGCCUGCUGUAUUCCUUUGCAUCACACUUGCAAAAUGUAUAUACUAAAAUGCAGUUCCCUAAACUAGUGUACAUACCCCCACUCUAGGCGUCCCGAACUGUCGGUAACCACCCUUCGCAACUGGUGGCUCCGUCUCACCAAGUUAACACGCCAAGUUUCCUCACUUACAUAAACACACGUGCACGCGCACAGACUACUUUUAUAUCUAGCAGUUCAGCUCUCUGUGUAGGUGAUACCUUGUGUUCCUGUGUACCACGGACCCAAACCGAUCCAAAUGUGAGUGCUAUUUUAGAAAAUACCCACUUAGACUGCUAAGAUUGCUGGCCACACGAUGGGUCACGAAGGUAUCCCACUUCUGACACCAAAUGUUGUUGCGUGAAUGAAAUCACAAAGCAGCUUCUUUAUUUGACAAAACAUGGUAUAGCAGGCAUCAUAUGGAGAUACUUUUGGUGGAAAGGUCUGCUGGCCCAACGUGGGGCUCGAUAUUUACAGUUGGCCCUCCUUAUCUGCGAGGGAUUGAUUCCGGGACCUCCUGCAGAUAACAAAAAAUGCAGAUGCUCAAGUCCCUUCUAUAAAGUGGCAUAGUAUUUGCAUAUAACCUAUGCACAUCCUCUCGUACACUUUAAAUCAUCUCUAGAUUGCUUAUAAUACCUAAUACAAUGUAAAUGCUAUGUAAAUAGUUUUUAUACUGUUAAUCUUUAGGGAAUAAUGACAAGAAAAAAAUCUGUACAUGUUCCCUUUACUCACACACAAGCAACGAACAAACGAGACUCAAGGCAAACAAUGAUCAAAUGACAAGUAAAACUUGUAAUAACUGUACAGUAGUUACACUGUCUUGUUUAGGGAAUAAGGACGCUUUGGAGGAGGCUCAAUAAUACUAAAGUCUGAAACUGGAGGUUGAGGGCUGAGGAUCUUCCAGCGUUGAAUGUCGAGAUUUCAGAAUUGCAGAUACUUUAGUUAGGAAGCUGUCUCUUUUUCUUUGCAGCAUCAAAACAAAUCUUGCAGUGGUUGCAGGCAUGUUAUCCCUUGGGUGACACAGAAGGUUCCAUUGAAGGAUCGUUGUCGAGGAUCAUAUCCUUUAACAUUUGUGCCUGUUGAAAAACUGCUGCAAAUUUUUCAAGUGUCCAAAUUGAUGGCUUUGCUUCCUCUAAAUCAUCAUCAUCAUCUUCUGUAGACGAUAUCAGCAGAUCUUUGAGAUCCUUACUGGUAAGGGUUUCUCUAUGCUCUUCUAUGUGUUCCUCGACUUCAUCCUCGAUCAUGUCAGAGAAGCCUUCCCCGCCAACUUCCCUUGCAACAUUCAGGAUAUCCCUGACUUCUGCGUCAAUAGUGGAGAAGCCCCUGAAAUCAUUGACUGCCUCACUCCAUAAUGGGUUCCAACGUAUGUUGACGGUCUGGGGCUUUACGGCGUCUACAGCCUUUGCAAUUGUGAAUUUCUUCCAUAAGUCCAUGAUGAUGCAGUCAGGGUUAGCAUCAAGAGCAGUACGAAUCCUCCCAAGGUGAGGCGGGUGUAAGUCGCGUUAAUGCACUUGAUGCAUUGAUCAAGUGUCUGUAGCAGUGACGUGGUGUUAGGAGGUAGAAACAUCACUUCCAUGUUGUCAGCAAAGCAGAGAGAUUGGGGAUGGCUGGGAGCAUUGUCAAUUAUGAGGAGGGCCUUGAAUGGCAGCCCCUUCUCUUCGAGGUAUUUCUUCUCUUCAGGAAUGAAGCACUGGUGGAACCAUUCCAAGAACAAGAUCACCAUCACCCAAGCCUUCUUGUGUUGCCAGAACACAGGUAGGCAAUUUUUAUUUUUGUUCUUCAGGGCCCAGGGGUGGUUUGCUUGGUAGACUAAUCCUGGCUUGAUCAUGCGACCGGCUGCGUUGCCACACAGCACCAGAGUAAGGCGAUCUUUCCAGGCCUUGAACCCCGGGGCCUGCUGGGCACUCUUAUGGAUGUAGAUACGAUUGGGCAUCUUCUUCCAGAGCAAGCCUGUUUCAUCACAGUUGAAGACUUGCUCUGGAAGGUAGCCUUUCGCUCCUAUGAGUUUCUUGAGCACUUCUGGGAACGCUGCUGCGGCCUUGGCAUUAGCCGAUGCUGAUUCUCCCAUGAUCUUUACAUUCUUGAGGCUGUAGCGCUUUACAUAGCCAGUUAGCCAUCCCUUACUAGCCUUAAACUCUUUUCUCUCACUCACAUCAACCCCAUCACAGUAGUGCUCAUAGAGACUAAGUGUUCUUUCAUGUAUAAUUUUGCCAUUGACAGGGAUAUGCUUCUGUGAUGUGCUCUAGCCACACACUUAAUGCUCUCUCAGUCUUUGCAAGCACUUUAUCAUGAACCGGAGAGGUCAUUUUUGCUGUUGUAGGGGCAGCACUGACACUUACACGAAUUUCAGCUUCUUUCUGCUUUUAUUGUGCGAAUGCACGAUUCACUCUGACAGUCCUUACGGCCCACUUUGGAAAGCGACAUGUGCCACUUUUCAAAAGAUCUAAUAUUUCUAUUUUCUCAGUGAGAGAUAGCACUUUACUCUUAGCCUUUGAUCAAUUGCUUUGACCACGUAAUUGCUUUUUAGGAGCCAUUUUUUCACAGGAACAAAGUAGCAAAGGAACAAGACACGAGGCAAACAAUGCUCGAACGAGUACUGGAGAGAACUUCCGGGUUUUCUCGCUCCGCGGUUGUUUGAAUUGGUGCAUGCAGAACCCGUGGAUAAGGAAGGCCGACUGUAUUUGCUAAACACAAAGGCGAUUCCAUAUUUACAAAGUAUAGACAAUGCUUUCUUUUGAAGCUACAGUUGAAGUCAGGAGUUUACAUACACCUUAGCCAAAUACAUUUAAAUUCAGUUUUUCACAAUUCCUGACAUUUAAUCCUAGAAAACAUUCUCUGUCUUAGGUCAGUUAGGAUCACUACUUAAUAUUUUAAGAAUGUGAAAUGUCAGAAUAAUAGUAGAGAGAAUUAUUUAUUUCUUUCAUCACAUUCCCAGUGGGUUAGAAGUUUACAUACACUUAGUAUUUGGUAGCAUUGCUUUUAAAUUGUUUAACUUGGGUCAAACGUUUUGGGUAGCCUUCCACAAGCUUCUAACAAUAAGUUGCUGGAAUUUUGUUCCAUUCUUCCAGACAGAACUGGUGUAAAUAAGUCAGGUUUGUAGGCCUCCUUGCUCACACACGCUGUUUCAGUUCUGCCCACUAAUUUUCUAUUGGAUUGAGGUCAGGGCUUUGUGAUGGCCACUCCAGUUCCUUCACUUCGUCCUUAAGCAAUUUUGCCAAAACUUUGGAGGUAUGCUUAGGGUCAUUGUCCAUUUGGAAGACCCAUUUGCAACCAAGCUUUAACUUCCUGACUGAUGUCUUGAGAUGUUGCUUCAAUAUAUCCACUUAAUUUUUCCUUCCUCGUGCCAUCUAUUUUGUGAAGUGCACCACUCCCUUCUGCAGCAAAGCACCCCCACAAUUUGAUGCUGCCACCCCUAUGCUUCACAGUUGGGACGGUGUCUUCGGCUUGCAAGCCUCACCCUUUUU